UUACUAGAAUGUCACGAGGUCGAGGUAACUUGGACCCUAAAAGGGUGUCCUCUGAGCUGUUCACCCUAACGUACGGGUGCAUGGUAGCUCAGCUACUCAAAGACUUUGAUAGUCCAGACGAGGUAAACAAGCAGCUAGACAAGAUGGGGUACAAUAUCGGAGUGAGGAUGAUAGAGGACUUCCUAGCUCACACUCCCGGAACCAAGAGAUGUACCCAGUUUGAGGAGGUUGCUGAUGUCAUCUGCAAACAGGGCUUCAGGAUGUUCCUCGGCAUAGUACCUGAAGUGAGGAACUGGAAUGCAGCCAAAGACGAGUUCACCCUCUUACUAACAGAGAACCCUCUAGCUGAGUUCGUUGAAUUGCCUCCCCAUUGUACUGAUAGUUUGUGGUACAGUAACAUAAUCUGUGGAGUGAUACGAGGAGCUCUGGAGAUGAUCCAAAUGGAGGUAAAGUGCUGGUUUAUUGGAGACACACUCAGGGGUACUGAAUCAACAGAAAUACGGGUCAAGUUCGUCAAGAUUCUGGAAGAUUCCUUACCUGCUGGAGAAGAUUAGAGAUUGGAAGUUAGGAUGAAAUACAAACUGUGGAUGAGAAGCUUUCUUAUUUCUGAUGAAGCUAUGAAAGAGGGGUGUGGUUGACUUACAUUCGGCGUGGUUUGGAAACAUGAUAAUUGCUGCACGACCUGAUUUUAAUUUUGGGCUGGACCCAAAUUCAGAGCUUGAGUUUUAUGGAUCAAUGGGGAGAGUCGGAGACAUUACUAGAAUGAUAGGAAAAUAAUAUUAGCAUCUUAAAUCUUAAUGCAUUCUUUAGAAUUAACCUGCUUAGAGACUAGAAAUGCUAAAUGUCGAGUAUGGAUUUCUCGGCUAAUUUUUUUACUGCGCAUCUCUGCACCUCUAAUGCUAAAGUAAAACUAACUGGAGAUAUAUAUUUGAGUUGUAAAUUUUGUCGUUAAUAUCAAAUGUUGUUGCAAAUUUAUGUUCUUCUUUUGUCAAGUUUAUGAUAUCAUGAUGUAUCUUGACCUCUUAAAUUCAAAUAAUGGUUUAUUUUAUUCCAACUAUUUCAUUGUAUUGAAAAUUCUUAUUCCUAAAAUUC